CUGGAGGUGGCAGUUCCUCCCAGUAUAGCCCUGGAUUCUAGUUCUCGGUUUUUCCAACACUCACAGGAUCAGGCUCACUUGCCCUCGCAGGCCAGAGAUGGUAACUGCUUCUUGCUAUGCUAAAUCCAUGGCAUCUUAAGAUGAGGAAACUGAUGCCAAUGGAGAGUAGAGUUCUGCCUGAAUUUCCAGAGCUCAAAGUGGUAGGGUUGAGGUUCCAAUUUUAGCUCCAAGGUCUAACUACAAAGAGGGCAAGGAUGUUUCAGCAUGGACUGGAGAAGGGACACGAUGGAUGGAUCCCCUUUGGAUGGAUUGCUGACUGCAUUAACCAUCACUAAUACUCCUCGACCUCCAUGCAUUCACUGGAUGCACUCAUUGAAUGCUCUCAGAGCCUUAUAAGGCGGGACUGUUUGGUGAGCAUAUUUCAUCUGAGAAAUGAAGGAAGACACUUGGGUGGAAGUAAGUCGUCUUGACUCUCAUUGGCUUGUGACUGUGACUUACUCAUCAUAUAAACCCAAGAUGCAGUCACUUAUGAGGGCAUAGAAGAUACUAGAGACUCCACGGAAACAUAGCACAAAAUCCCACCAUGCCAAACUACAAACUCACUUAUUUUAAUAUGAGGGGGAGAGCGGAAAUUAUUCGAUAUAUAUUUGCAUAUUUGGACAUAAAGUAUGAAGACCACAGAAUAGAACAAGCUGAUUGGCCUGAAGUCAAAUCAACUCUUCCAUUUGGUAAAAUCCCCAUUUUGGAAGUCGAUGGACUUAACCUUCACCAGAGCCUAGCAAUAGCAAGAUACCUGACCAAAAACACAGACCUGGCUGGAAAAACAGAACUGGAACGAUGUCAAGCUGAUGCGAUUGUGGACACAUUGGAUGAUUUCAUGGCACGUUUUCCUUGGGCAGAGAAAAAACAAGAUAUAAAAGAUCAGAUGUUUAAUGAGCUUCUUACAUAUGAUGGACCUCAUCUUCUGCAAGAUUUGGACACAUACUUAGGGGAAAAAGAGUGGCUCAUUGGUAACUCUGUAACUUGGGCAGAUUUCUACUGGGAAAUUUGCAGCACCACACUUUUGGUCUUUAAACCUGACUUGCUGGAUAACCAUCCUAGAUUGGUAACAUUAAGGAAGAAAGUUCAAGCCAUUCCUGCCAUCGCUGACUGGAUACAACGAAGGCCCCAAACCAAACUCUAGGUGACGUGUGCUACCUCCAAAUUUUACUGUUCUUCACAGCAUCGCUUCCAUCAGAUAAGCUACAGCGGCCAUGUAACCCACACACUCCCUUCCCCAGCUCCAUCAAGACUUUCACUCUUUCCAUAUUCUGCCUAAGCAAACAAACAAGGAAAAAAGAGCAGCGGGGGUGGGGGGUGGGGGGUGGGGGGGUGAGAACAUUUAGUUUCCAGUAUCCAUUUUUUUUUUUUCUUUUCCCCAGAAUAACUUCACAUCAUUUACAACUGAGAAAGAAAAGUUUACAAUCCAGGCAGGGCUCACUUUGCAUCAGUUUCAACAAGCAUUGGAUCUCAGUCACAAUGGUUAAGUAACACAUUUCCCAAAUGGGUUGGACUUCUGCUGUAAUUGCAUAAGGUAUUAAGUUUGCUGCUAACUCUUCAGUCCACAAAUCACUAUGUAGGUAACAGAUACGUCUCAUGAGUAACCACCUAUCAUAUCACUGCUCUCAAAGUCUGUUAGUGACUGGUCACUGCACAUCUGUUAUUCAUGUACAGACAGCAAAGGGUGUAGUUGCAUUGCCUGCUUGGUUCUCAGUGAUACACUCACUCGAAAGUUUUUAAAAAGUGGAUAAUUUAUAAAGGGAGCUCAGCAAAAGAUGAAGUACAGUAAAGAAAGGAAAAGUGACAAUGCUGGAGCCAAAUUCAAAUUGCAUAUAAAUGGAAAGAGCGGUUACAAAAUGGACAAUAGAACUGAAUGGGCGCCUCUUGGGUGACAUAUACAUGGUAAAUAAGUAUAUGAAAAGAUGCUCAACAUCAUGUCACCAGGGAAAGGCAAAUGAAAACAAGGAGAUAUCACUACCUACCUGUUAGAAUGGCAAAAAUUCAAAACACUGACAACAUCAAACGCUGGCGAGGAUGUAAAGCAAAAUGAACUUUUAUUCACUGCUGACAGGAAUGCGAGAUGGUAAAGACAACUUAGAAUUUGAGUUUCUUACAAAACUAAACUUAAUCUUACCAUAUGAUACAGCGAUUACACUUUUUGGUACUUUCCCAAAGGCGUUGAGAACUUAGGUGCAUGCAAAAACUUGCUCAUGGAUGUUUGUGGCAGCUUUAUUGGUAACUGCCAAAACUUGGACGCAACCAAAAUGCCCUUUGAUAGUGAGUUGGAUAAGUGAACCAUGGCACAACCGAACAAGGGAUUAUUCAGCACUAAAAAGAAGUGAGCUAUCAAGCCAUGAAAAGACACAGAGGAAAUCUAAGUGCAGAUUACUAAGUGAAAGAAGCCAAUGUGAAAAGGCUACUGUAUGAUUCCAGCUAUAGGACAUUCUGAUUCCAACUAUAGGCAAAACUGUGGAGCCUGUGAUGGUGCGGGGCUGAGGAGGAGGGAAGGUUGAAAAGAUGGAAUAUAAUUUUUAGACAGUAAAACUAUUCUGUAUACUAUAAUGAAUUUGUUAAACUCACAGGAUAUACAAAACGAAGAGCAAUCCCUAAUGCAAUAGACUUUGGGUGAUUAUCUUGUGUCAAUGUAGGUUCACUGAUUGUAACAAAUGUACUACUCUGGAAUGGGGGCGUUGAUGAAAGUGGGGGGUGGGGGAGGGAAGGAGAAGGGAUAUAUGGGAAAUCUCUACUUACUGUUCAAUUUUGCUGUGAACCUAAAGCUCACCUAGAAAAUAAAGCCUAUUAAAAAAGAAAAAAAGAGCAGGCAUAGUUUUCAGGACACUGAAAACGCAAUAAAAUUUUGGAAGGUGAUACAAAUUCAGAAUUAUAAUUUGCCAAGGUAUAAAAAGAAUGCUCUCUUGUAAUCAUACAAGAAAGUAUUAUUAGGGGCGCCUGGGUGGCGCAGUCGGUUAAGCGUCCUACUUCAGCCAGGUCGCGAUCUCGCGGUCCGUGAGUUCGAGCCCCGCGUCGGGCUCUGGGCUGAUGGCUCGGAGC